AUGAAAUAUUCUCCCUUCCUCACCCUGGCAGCUGCUGGAGCUGCCUUUGCACAGUCGACCGUUCCAGCGUACGGACAGUGUGGUGGUCAAGGCCAUACUGGAUCUUCUGUUUGUGUUUCUGGUCAUCACUGCGAGAAAAACAAUGACUGGUACUCUCAAUGCGUACCAGGUUCAGUGUCAAGCGCCCCUACCACUAUCAAGAUAUCGACUUCGAAAGCUCCUGUCUCGUCUCCAACUACUGCGAUUACCAAACCACCUGUUACUGCGUCCAAAACCACUUCGACUUCGAAGGUCGCAACCACCACCGCAGCAGCUAGUGGCUCCUUCCCUACAACCUCAGGCACAAAAUUCGUCAUCGACGGCAAGCCAGGCUACUAUGCAGGCACAAACUCCUACUGGAUUGGUUUUCUAACCAACAACUCCGAUAUCGACCUUGUGAUGCAACAUCUUGCUAGCUCAGGUCUCAAGAUCCUGCGCGUCUGGGGUUUCAACGAUGUAACAACCACCCCUACCGAUGGAACAGUAUACUUCCAAUCCUUCGCCAAUGGAGAAGCAACCAUCAAUACCGGUGCCAAUGGCCUUCAACGCUUGGACUAUGUCGUCAAGAGUGCCGAAGCCCAUGGUAUCAAGCUCAUCAUCAAUUUCGUGAACAACUGGACCGACUACGGUGGCAUGGCAGCUUACUUUUCGUACGCUAAUAUCAAAACCAAUGCCCAAUGGUACAACAGCACCAAGGCUCAGACUCAAUACCAGGAAUAUAUCAAAGCAGUUGUGACGCGCUAUAUCAACAGCCCAGCAAUUUUUGCCUGGGAGCUUGCCAACGAGCCCCGCUGCACAGGCUGUGAUCUUUCCACCCUCAAAACCUGGGUCAUCAACACUUCAAAGUACAUCAAGAGCAUCGAUGCCAAGCACAUGGUCACAACAGGAGAAGAAGGCUUCGGACCCAUCGCUGGUGAUGAUGGAAGUUACCCUUACCAACUCUCGGCCGGUGGAAGCAACUUCACUGCAAAUUGUGAGGUCCCCACUAUUGACUUUUGUACUUACCACCUCUACCCAGAAUCAUGGUCUGUGACGCCCACGCUCGAAUGGGGCACUCAAUGGAUCAAGGCACAUGCUAAAGCCUGUUCUGCAGUUGGAAAGCCAUGCUUACUGGAGGAAUUUGGAGCAAGUAACAACUGUACUAUUGAGAGUAGUUGGCAAGCUACUGCAUUGACAGCUGCUGGUACUGGAGCAGAUUUGUUCUGGCAGUAUGGAGACACACUGAGUUAUGGAAAGACUUCGCAAGAUGGGAACACUGCAUACUACGGAGACGAGCUGUAUGACUGUCUGGUCACUAAGCAUAUCAAGGCUAUUGACAGUUUGUAG